AUGAAUUUAGGCACCCGAAGGAGAGAUUGCAGAACCUCUCAUCUAGACACAAAGAGAGCCCUAUUGCUCUGCACCGUUUUAUAUUGUACUUGUUACCUGGGACUUACACAAGUACACUCUGAAGAUGUGGACAUCCUCCAAAAGUUGGGGCUUAAGGGAGAAAAGCCGUCACGCUCGGUGCCUGCAGGGGUCAUUCCAUUCAGAUCAGGGAUCAUCAUCAACCAGCGGGCACACAUCGAGGCUCCAUUGCGCUCAGUCUUCCCAGCAGCCGUCGGGCCCAACUUGGCACUGGUCCUGAGUCUGCGCUCACACCGUGUCAACAGUGCUUUCCUCUUCACCGUUCUCUCAGAUCACAGGAAGAUCCUUCUUGGUCUGCAGCUUGUACCUGGAAAUCUGGUCCUUCACACGGGACCGAACACCUCGGUGGCACUGCCCUAUGAGCCCCAUGAUGGUCAGUGGCACCAGCUUGCAGUUGGGAUUAAUGGACGGAGAGUGACUCUAUAUGCCUCCUGCGGAGAGCAGAGUGUUCAUGCAGACUUUGACAGUGAUGAGGGACUCGCUCUAGAGCUCCAGGGCUCCUUCCUGCUGGGGCGGACAAGCCAGCAACAAUACUCAGCACACUUUGAAGGAGCCAUCUGCCAAUUUGAUCUGGUCCCUUCUGCACAGGCAGCUCACAACUACUGCAAGUACAUUAAGAAACAGUGCAGGGAAGCUGACACAUAUAGGCCUAACCUUCCUCCCCUGCUGCCAAUCCUACCACGAGGAACCAACAUCACAGCCACCGCUGCUACCCCUAAACGUAGUGGCCCAGAAACGGCCAAGAAGACCACAGGGCAGAGCCUUGCCAGGAGUGUUGCCGCCGCCGCCUCAGCUGUCAGAUAUGUAGCUUCCACCCAAACAAUUAAACCCAACCCUGGGACCAUUCCUACACCCCUGCUGGGAACUGUGAUGCCAGUCACAGUCCAGCUAGGUUUGGCCUCGCCACCUUUGAAGGCCAGGACAGAAACAGUCACAGCACCACUCAGGACAAGAGGACCCUCCACCAAACCACCAACCCCAAGACCCACCACUUCUAAAGCUUCAAAUCAGAAACCCUCCAAACCUACUCCCCCAAAGCCCACACCUCAUCACACCACCAAAAAGACAAUCUCAAAAACAGACAACAAGAAAAAACCUACAAUUCCAGCCACUACCAGCACCAAACCUUCCAAGACAAAACCUGACUCUGCUUUAUCAGACCAAGAUGCAGUCCCAAAGAGACCACAACCCACCACAGCCAAGAAAGCAUCUCCCAAUUCUAAAGUUACAGCAUCCAAAGCCACUCCGUCAAAAACCAAAGCAAAUUCUGUCAAAGUUGUCCCUUCAAAACCAACAAUAUCCAAAGUCAACCCCUCAAAAUCCACAAUCUCUAAAAUUAUGACUGCCAAAACCUCCAAGCCAACGAUCAAACAGGUCACCAAGCCCACAAAGCAGCCCACAACAACCAAGGCUCCAGUCACCCCUCCUACGACCAGACCUUCAUACAGCACAGUAACACCACCUGCUACUGAUGGCUUCCAAAGCUGGGAGGUGCCACCUACUCAGUUCUCCCUGCUAGCUGGACCUGUAGGACAGAAAGGAGAGGCCGGCUUAUCGGGACCGCCAGGACCUCCAGGGAAGCCAGGCCUGCUAGGCAAGAAGGGUCCUCGGGGCGAACCUGGUCCCCAUGGUAACCCUGGCCGAUCUGGUCCAUCUGGGCUCAAGGGGAGAAAAGGAGACCCUGGUAUCUCACCUGGUCCAGCACCCAAAGGAGAUAAGGGAGACUCAGGGAUUAUUGGCCCGGUUGGACUGACUGGACAAGACGGCCGAAAGGGACAGAGAGGUUAUGCUGGUCCACCUGGACUCCCUGGAGAGUCUGGAGAGCAAGGUCCAGUCGGAAGCCCAGGUGCCAAAGGUUAUCCUGGCAGGCAGGGUUUACCAGGGCCAAUAGGACCAUUGGGGCCUAAAGGCGUUCGGGGUUUCAUUGGAAUCCCAGGGCUUUUUGGCCUGCCCGGGGCUGAUGGCGAAAGAGGAAUUCCCGGCGAACCAGGAAAGAGGGGCAAGAUGGGUAGGCCGGGGUUUCCAGGGGACUUUGGGGAGAGAGGACCACCUGGACCAGAUGGAGAGCCAGGUGACCUGGGAGCCCCUGGUCCAAACGGAGUUCUUGGGCUGAUUGGAGAUAUGGGACCGUUGGGAGAGAUGGGCCUUCCAGGACCUAAUGGACUGAAGGGGGUGCCCGGAAAUCAAGGAGAACCAGGACUGAAAGGUGAUAAGGGUGAUCUCGGGAUUCCUGGAGAGCAAGGGGAGAUGGGGUACAAUGGAGACAAGGGCAUCCAGGGAGCUCCAGGGUUACCAGGCAUCCGUGGGAUACCAGGACCACAGGGCAAGUUGGGAGAGAGGGGGCCUGAUGGUACACCUGGACCUCCAGGCCCUGAGGGCUUCCCUGGUGACAUGGGACCACCAGGUGAGAACGGCCUUGAAGGACCAAAGGGAAAACUAGGGGCCAGAGGUUUACCAGGGCCUCGAGGGGUGGCUGGCUUGGAGGGAGAUGAGGGCCCGAUCGGACCACCGGGCCCAACAGGACUCGAGGGUAGAAUGGGCAGAAAAGGAUUUCCUGGGAACUUUGGGCCAGAGGGACUCAAGGGGGAGCUUGGUGUCCCAGGAUUGGUUGGAACAAUGGGAGAAAGGGGCUUGGUGGGUUUCAUCGGACCUGUGGGAGAGGAAGGACUGGCAGGAGAGAAGGGUGAUCGAGGGGAGAUGGGCCUUCCGGGACCAGCUGGAGAAAAGGGAUCAACGGGUCACACAGGGACACCAGGGGCGACUGGGCCUACAGGACCACUAGGAAGACCAGGCUCCCCUGGAGCGACUGGGCCAGCCGGUACCAGAGGACCAAAAGGCUUGCGGGGAGCGAUAGGACCUGACGGUCCUACAGGAGAGAUGGGGUUAGAGGGCAAGAAGGGUCUUGAUGGUCCUCCAGGAAAAUUAGGUUUCCCUGGACUACAGGGGAAGCUCGGCGAGGCUGGGGAAACUGGGCCUAAAGGUUUUCCUGGUAUCCAAGGGCCCUCAGGACCUCCAGGGGACAAGGGAAUAGCAGGCGAGCCGGGAACAUCUGGGCCACCAGGGACUGUGGGACUGCUGGGAGAGAUAGGUCAAAAGGGUCCUCCAGGCAAGGUGGGGGAGCCAGGACUGCCAGGCGAGCCAGGGGAGAAGGGAGCUGUUGGAACUGCUGGGAACAUCGGAGAGCAGGGACUCAUGGGACAGCGGGGAGAACCAGGCCUUGAGGGAGAAGGUGGUCAAGCCGGUCCAGAUGGAACCAAGGGUGAAAAAGGUGACAUGGGUCAGGAGGGCGAUACAGGAGAUAAGGGUGAAAUUGGCCUAAAGGGAAAGGAGGGCCCACCUGGAAGUCCUGGACUCAGUGGCGUCAGAGGUCAAGAAGGGAAACCUGGCAAAAUGGGGGAAAGAGGCAAACUAGGGUCAAAGGGUGCUAAAGGUCAUCUAGGUUACCUUGGGGAGACUGGGACAGUGGGGAAGACAGGCCCGCCAGGUUUUGUUGGACAGAAGGGAUCGAGAGGAACAAUUGGACACGUGGGAGCUCCUGGUCGAAUGGGUCAACAGGGAGAAACUGGUCUUGCAGGUUAUGAGGGCCAUCAGGGACCGCAGGGCCCCAUUGGGCCUCCAGGACCAAAAGCUGAAAAGGGUGAGCAGGGGGAUGAUGGAAAAGUAGAGGGUCCUACUGGUCCUCCAGGUGACACAGGUCCUCCCGGUGUCAGAGGGGAAAGAGGGGAAUCAGGAGAUCCUGGAUACAAAGGUCAAAUUGGUGUGGAUGGAGAGAGAGGCAGGUCUGGAGCUCAUGGUCUACCUGGACACCCUGGACCUCGUGGGCAACAAGGACACAAAGGGUCCAAAGGCGAUCAAGGUCGGAAAGGCAAAAAGGGUCAGAAUGGACAAAAAGGAACCAGAGGAACAGAGGGUGUGGGGGGUCUGUCUGGUCCCAGAGGUGUGGUGGGUCGAGAGGGACAGGAGGGUGCUCCAGGGAUUGAUGGAGUCCUGGGGAAGGAUGGCAGUAAAGGCAUGCCGGGAGAGCAUGGGGAUGAUGGGGAGGCUGGUCUUCCCGGCAAAGCUGGCUCAUUUGGUAAAACUGGCGUCCCAGGACUCCCGGGUGAUCAGGGGGGCAUUGGACCAAAGGGUGAGCGGGGUCUCCGAGGCCAGAGUGGACCUCUUGGGAAAAAAGGCUUCAGAGGUGGAAUGGGGUUGCCAGGGCCACAGGGAGACCAAGGAUCCAAAGGACAACCUGGUGAUACAGGGGAAGCGGGUUUUCCAGGAAUUCUGGGAGUUUUUGGACCAAGGGGACCUCCAGGAGACUUUGGACCAAAGGGCACACGGGGACCCAAAGGGCCACAGGGUUCAAUGGGCAGAGGAGGAGUAGUUGGCCCCAUGGGAAUUACUGGCCCCAAUGGAAAUUUAGGUCCUAGAGGAGAGAAGGGCAAUCGUGGAGAAACUGGAUUUCAAGGACCAACGGGAUCUCCAGGACCUCGUGGACCCCCUGGACUUCCAGGUCCCCUGACUGUCCCUUCGUCAUUUAUGGAAGACGGCCUUUUGUUCAUGGAUUCACACACCUCACUCAGGACUGAGAACAAGCCAGUGAUGGACCUGCCGAUGUUGGACCAGGGCGCAGAGAUCUUUAAGACCCUCCACUACCUCAGUAACCUGGUUCAGAGCCUGAAGAACCCACUGGGAGCUCGGGACAACCCUGCCCGCAUCUGCAGGGACCUGCACAGCUGUGAACAGAAGUUAAAUGAUGGCACUUAUUGGAUUGACCCCAACCUCGGCUGUAUGUCAGAUACAAUAGAAGUCUCCUGCAACUUUACUGGAGGUGGACAGACCUGCCUGAAGCCAGUAACGGUAUCCAAGCCAACAAUCAGGGUUGGUCGUGUCCAGAUGAAUUUCCUACACCUGCUGAGUUCAGAUGCCGUGCAGCACAUCAUCAUCCACUGCUUGAACGUCUCCAUUUGGAGGUCAGCUGAGGAUCAGCAGGUUGCCCCGGGGUCUGUGAGAUUCAAAGCUUGGAGUGGGGAGGUGUUCGAGGCGGGAGGAGAGCUGGAGCCAGAAGUCAUAGAAGACUCCUGCAUGAUAAGAGAUGGUCGCUGGCACCAGACCCAUUUUGUGUUCCACUCGCUGGACCCCACUCUGCUCCCUGUGGUCGACGUCUACAACCUUCCGACCUCUACUCCCGGCUCACGUUACCACCUAGAAGUAGGUCCUGUGUGUUUCCUGUGAGGGCUGCAGCGUCACUCCCCUCGGACCAUGGUGGGAUGUAUCAUCACCCCUGGAUGACAUCUUUGUGCAGACGUGGAGAUCGGAGCAGUCUCCUUCGAUCCACGGCCAAGC